CCAGAAGAAUGACAGAUGUGUCUUUGUAUGUGUUGCCUUUGGAGACAAAAGUAGCUCUUUUGGACUGUCAGACAGCCUUCAAUGGCCUAACCAGUCAAGAGAAGUUGUACGCACAUUACAUCUCCCAGGCCUCCUGGUGUGGUGGACUUAUCUGCUUUAUUCAGACCUCUCCUGAGUCCCCAGGGAUAUUCCUACUCUUUCACAAACUAUUCAGAGGUCAAAGUGUAGAGGAACUUCAGUCAGCAGCAGAGGCACAAGGGGUCACCCAAGAGGAGUUCCAGGCAUUUCUAAUUUAUGCAGCUGGGUUUUUGUCCAAUGCAGGGAACUAUAAAUCAUUUGGUGACAGCAAAAUUAUCCCAAACCUUCCAAAGGAGAAAUUUGAGAAGAUUUUGAUGAGCAGCAAAGUAGCCUCGGAAAUCUCGGGGUUGUGGCAAGAAGUGUCAGAGAGAAUGUACUCACUGGAGGACAGACUCAGAGAGCUAGGCUUAGGAAAGAAGGGCAUCACCACCUAUUUCUCCAGUAACUGUGAUAUAGAGGAUGCUAAAGUAGCCCAGGAAUUCAUGAGUGCCAAGGAUAUCAGUCCCUAUAAUACCAGGUUGUUUAAAACAAAGGAGGGAGACAAAGUCUGCUAUGAAGUGAGAUUAGCCAGCUCUUCUAGUGCAGAAGGUGAUGUACCAGGUUGUGGGUCUAUACUGGGGUCACAUGACUUCACACCCAAAGAAACUGGAAAACCCUGUGUCUUUAAGGUCACCAGGGGAGACUACUCUGAUCUGAUGUCCUUAGUUGGGGAAAAUCUCACCAAAGCUGAGAAAUAUGCUGCCAAUGAGACGGAGAAAAAGAUGUUGAAUGCCUACAUCCAAUCCUUCAGCACAGGUUCUAUACCUGAACACAAACAGGGCUCUCGACACUGGAUCAAAAACAAGGGACCAAUUGUGGAAACGUACAUUGGAUUCAUUGAGUCAUACAGAGACCCAUUUGGAGUACGUGGUGAAUUUGAAGGUUUUGUGGCUGUGGUAAACAAGGAGAUGAGUGCAAAGUUCACAGAGCUGGUCAAUCAAGCGGAACACCUCCUGCCACUUCUACCAUGGCCUGCAGCGUUUGAGAAAGAUAAGUUCCUGCGUCCGGACUUCACUUCCCUGGAUGUCCUGACAUUUGCUGGGUCUGGAAUUCCUGCUGGAAUCAACAUUCCUAACUAUGAUGACAUCAGACAAGAUGAAGGCUUUAAGAAUGUCUCCCUCGGUAAUGUACUCAUUGCUGGGUAUAAAGAAGACAAAGUCAGCUUCCUGGAUGAGACAGACAAGGAGCUGUUUGUGAAGUUAAAAAUCCAGGCAUUUGAGGUACAGGUCGGUCUCCAUGAGCUACUGGGACAUGGCAGUGGAAAGCUGUUCAUCAAGAACGAGGAUGGAACCUACAAUUUUGACCAAGAAUCUGUUGUAAAUCCAGAAACAAACCAAAAGAUUACAGAGUGUUACAAGGAAAAUGAGACCUGGGACAGCAGAUUUUCCACCAUAUCUUCUUCCUAUGAAGAAUGUCGAGCAGAGUGUGUCGGAAUCUAUCUAUGUCUCAGUACAGAUGCACUUAGGAUAUUUGGUUUUACAGAUGAAACAGCAGAUGACAUAAUUUAUGUCAAUUGGUUAAUUAUGGCUAGAGCUGGUUUGCUUGCUCUGGAAUUUUACUCACCUGAGACCAGAGCAUGGAGACAGGCACACAUGCAGGCCAGGUUUUGUAUCCUGAGGGUGAUGCUGGAAGCAGGUCAAGGUCUUGUGACUAUCACCAAGACAACUGGGGAUGAUGGGAAAGAAGACAUUCUACUGAAAUUAGACAGGUCAAAGAUUAUAGGUGUGGGCAAGCCUGCCAUUGGAAAGUUUUUGAAAAAAUUGCAGGUCUACAAAACUGUUGGAGAUGUAGAAUCAGGAAAGAAGAUGUAUGACUACUACUCAGAUGUUCACGAUCGAGAUGAACCCCACUUUCUGAGUCUUCGCAGUAUUGUUCUGGAUAGAAAACAGCCAAGAAGGAUGUUUGUUCAACACAACACUUUUGUACAAGGUGAGAAUGUUGAGUUGAAGAACUAUGACUCUACUGCUGUCGGCCUUAUCCAGUCCUGGGUCGACCGAUUCCCGGAAGCUGAUCUCGCAGACAAAAUGACGAAGUUAUGGGAAAAAGAAAAACCAUUCUUUACAGAAUAAACUGUGGUGGCAGCAGAAUACGAAAAUUAAUUGUGAAAAAUUCUAUGAAAUUAAAAAAGAAACUGUUUGUUUUUGAUAUACUCAUAUUUGGAAACCAGUAAAGCAGAAACAGAAAGACACUAGCUUGAUUCAAAUUUUGUGGAAUUUUGAAUACCGGUAAUUGUCACUGAAAUCAUGUACAAAUGUAAUUAAUAAUGCAUACAGAUUAUAUGAAUCAUCAUUCAUGAAACAUAACAAGAAAUAUAUCAAUCUCACGAUGA